CCCUUUUGUUCCAUCAUUCAGUGAGUCCGAGUCCGUCGGGGCGGGUCGUCACUGCAAUUUAUCAUAUUACACUACUUAAAUUGUGUAUUUAAACUUCACUGUAGGGCGACCCGAUACCUACCCGACGAAGUACUUAAUUAAUCAGUCAAUAUGUUGCACUUAAAAACUAUUGCAAAAUCGGUAGUUCCACCUCUGAAAAAUACAAUUCAAAAUGAGGCAGUCAAUAAUUUGAUACGAAUUACACCAGCUGCUAUGAACGUUUGUUGCCGUACCUACGCCAGUCAUGAAAUUCCAGACAGGCUUAAAGAUAUACCAACAAGUGCUAAUCCAAAAUUCUUCGACAUGGUGGAGUACUUCUUCCACAGGGCCUGUCAAGUAGUAGAAGACAAAUUAGUAGAGGACAUGAAAUCUAGAGUAUCCGUUGAAGAAAAGAAGAAGAAGGUAGCCGGUAUCUUAAAAUUGAUGCAACCAUGUGAUCAAAUAAUUGAAAUUCAAUUUCCGCUGAGGCGUGAUUCUGGUGAUUAUGAAAUGAUUCUUGGAUACCGGGCACAACAUUCCUCACACAGGACGCCUACUAAGGGAGGUAUUCGAUUCUCAACGGACGUGACUAGAGAUGAGGUGAAGGCCCUCGCUGCUUUGAUGACUUUCAAAUGCGCCUGUGUGGAUGUGCCGUUCGGUGGUGCUAAGGCUGGCAUUAAAAUCAACCCCAAAGAGUACUCGGAGCAUGAACUGGAGAAAAUUACUCGUCGCUUUGCACUUGAGCUGGCCAAAAAAGGUUUCAUUGGACCCGGCGUUGAUGUACCCGCCCCUGACAUGGGUACCGGAGAACGUGAGAUGUCAUGGAUCGCUGACACUUACGCCAAGACUAUUGGCUAUCAGGACAUCAAUGCUCAUGCCUGCGUUACUGGAAAACCCAUCAAUCAGGGAGGCAUCCACGGCAGAGUAUCAGCCACAGGGAGAGGAGUAUUCCACGGUCUGGAAAACUUUAUCAAUGAGGCCAACUAUAUGAGUAUGAUUGGCACGACCCCUGGCUGGGGUGGCAAAACAUUCAUCGUGCAGGGCUUCGGUAACGUGGGCCUGCACACCUGCCGCUACCUGGUACGCGCCGGCGCACUGUGCAUCGGUGUUAUUGAACAUGAUGGUGCUAUUUACAACCCAGAAGGUAUCAAUCCUAAGGCUUUGGAAGACUACAGGAUCGAGAGAGGCACGAUUGUUGGUUUCCCCGGAGCCACCCCCUACGAAGGUGAAAACAUGUUGUACGAAAAAUGCGACAUCUUAGUACCGGCUGCAGUUGAACAAGUCAUCCACAAAGAAAAUGCUCACAAAAUUCAGGCUAAGAUCAUUGCCGAAGCUGCCAACGGUCCAACUACCCCGGCUGCCGACAAAAUCCUGAUUGACCGCAACAUCCUCGUCAUCCCAGACUUGUACAUCAACGCUGGUGGUGUCACCGUGUCAUUCUUCGAAUGGCUCAAGAACCUCAACCACGUCUCAUACGGACGUCUCACCUUCAAAUAUGAACGCGAGUCUAACCACCAUCUUCUAGAAUCUGUACAAGAAUCAUUAGAGAGGCGUUUCGGUCGUGUCGGUGGCCGUAUUCCUGUUACGCCUUCCGAGUCGUUCCAGAAGAGGAUCUCUGGUGCCUCCGAAAAGGACAUUGUCCACUCCGGCCUUGACUACACUAUGGAGAGGUCUGCAAGGGCCAUCAUGAAGACUGCCUUGAAGUUCAACUUGGGCCUAGAUCUGAGAACAGCUGCGUAUGCAAACUCCAUAGAGAAGAUUGUGACCACAUACGCCGACGCAGGCCUUGCGUUCUAAACACUCAUUAGAUAAAGUCAAAGUAUUGUCUGCAUUUUAAAGACUUCAUUUUAGUCCCUAUGCACAUAAGUGUUAUUUUUAAGUAAGACAUUAUAACCACAGUAUUUUUGUUGGAAUCAUGGCCGUUUUUUACUUUUAUUUUAAGCAAAGAAUUGUUGUUCUGUCUAUCGAAUUUGAUUUUCUAAAAUUGUAUCGCCUUAUAUUUAAAUAAAAUAUUG